AUGAACAACAUUAACAUCAACAAAAACAACAACAACACAACUCAAGCUUGUGCUGCAUGUAAAUACCAACGUAGGAAAUGUGCUCCUGAUUGCAUAUUAGCACCUUAUUUUCCUCAUGAUCGUCAAAGACAAUUCCUUAAUGCACACAAAUUAUUUGGUGUUAGUAAUAUUAACAAAAUCAUUAAAUAUCUUGAUCCUCCUCUAAAAGAUCAAGCCAUGAGAACAAUCAUUUAUCAAUCUGAUAUGCGGGCCAAUGAUCCUGUCGGCGGUUGUUAUAAAUAUAUUCAAGAUCUUCAAGCUCAAAUUGAAUAUUGUAAAAUAGAACUUGAUCUUGUUCUUCAACAACUCGCGGUUUAUCGAGCACAACCUCAUCAACAACAACCACAAGUGGUUAAUUAUGGUGAUCAAGUUAUUAUGAAUUCAGAUUCAUUGUUAGGUUUUUAUAAUCCAUCUGGAUCUGUUGUUCCGGCUACCGCGCCGGCUCAUUAUCAUUACAAUGUUCAACAACAAGUGGUUACACCAUUACAAGAACAUGAACAAGAACAAUACCUUAUGAUGCAUGAAAGUAAUAGUAGUAGUAUUAAUAGUACUACUCCUUUGCAACAACAUAUUAAUAAUUGGGGGGCUAUGCAAAAUUCUAUUUCUUUAUCAUCUUUGUCAUUGCAUGGACAAAGUAGUAAUGCUAGUGAUGAAUAUGAUCAUAAGCCUACUCUUGAUAUACCUUGUGACGAAAGAAAUGAAUUAGGAUUCGACUCCGGAGAAAUACUUCACCACAGUGAUGAAUCAGUUUUGUUUAAGAUAGAUGAUGGAUUAAUUAAAGCAGAGGGUGGCUACAUUCAAGAAACACAAGCUCAAGAACAAGAUCAUGAUCUAAAAGGAGCAGCAACAUUGUUUACUCUAACAAAUUGUACUAGUUGA